GCACUGGCACCUUAGCCAUCAAAAAGUCACAGAGCAAUCUUAGCAUUGGCGACUGAGGACCAAUUCAAGAAAAGAAAAAGGUUUGAAAUAAGCCAAAACUAGCUCUGCCCUUCCAUAGUCUCAGAUCGAAGCGCGUCAUCCCUGACUUUCUUCAAUGUUAUAAAGCCAGAUACUUUCCUCAGUCCAGCUCCAUCACUCACCCCAACGACCGACCUCUCAGUCUCCUCUUUCCAGUUUCAACUUCCAAAGUGUCCUCUGCUUAAGAUCAGAUAUGGAGAGCGGCACCAUAUCGGUGCUCGAUGAGCUAGCUCAAGUCUAUGAGCUUGCGAGGAAGCUCAGUGACAAUCUCCACCAACCAUUACAGAUUGAGCUGUGCAGAACAAUUACAGAGGAGAUCAUCGGUUCUGUUGAGAAGGCCAUCUGCAUGGCGAAAGCUACAGGUGGCGGCAAUGGCGGAGAACCGCCGUUUUCUAACAGCGCAGGUCGUCAAUACGGUGACAAUCAACAGAUGUGUAAAAAGAGGAAGAUGCUGCCUACCUGGACCAGGCAAGUGAGUGCGAGCACUUUGAGAGGAACUGAACUUCCCGAUGAUGGCUAUACCUGGAGGAAGUACGGGCAGAAAGAUAUCCUUAAUGCGAAACAUCCAAGAGCCUACUAUCGAUGCACUCACAGCAAGAAGCAGGGCUGCCUGGCCAUGAAACAGGUGCAGAGAUCUGAUGAUAAUCCUUUGGUACUCGAAAUCACUUACAGAGGAACUCACACAUGCUCCAGUAUGGUGCAGCUUCAGGAAACAGACCAGAGCCUAUUUAAUCAGAGAUAUAGCAGGGCCCUGGUUGACUUACAAAACAGCUUCAGGAUGAAGACUGACGGCUUAAACAUUGAAGCUAAAGAUUCAACAUCUUUGAUCUUCUUUCCCUCCACGCCUCUUAAUCCUGAUGAAGACUUAUUCUGCUCUUCACCAAAUCUGGAGAGCUCCUUCCUGUCCAGCUUCUCUUCACCAUUCAUGUCACCAACAACUUCAGAAUCAAACUGCCUACCAUUGUCUCCAUGCCAGAAGUUAAGCCAGGGAAAUCCAAAGGCUGAUCACACAGGCAUCAUCUCUAUGGCAACUUCUAUGACGAACUUAACAAUGGCGGAUAUGGACUUUAUGCUUAGAACUGGGGAAAUGGAUAUGGACUUCCCUAUUGAAAUAUCCAACUUUGAGUGGAACUCUGCAGCAUGAUUGCUUGCUAAGUUAGGCAGUUAGUGUACUAGAGUAGAAUUUAGGUAGUUUAAACCUGGCCAGUAAGAAAACUGAGACCACAGGGCUAGCCCAAUCCCUGCUUGCAACAUAAAAUUACUCUUUCCUUAGCCAGCCUAAAUAUUAGGCCUCGUUCGGGACGGCUUUCUUACUUCUUCUUAAAGCAGCUUUGUACUAGAAAGUUGAUUUAAGAAGCACUAAAAAAACCAUCCCAAACAAAGCCUUAAUUUAGCAAUAGCUUGAGCUAUCAACAAAUAAAUUUGUAAGGAUUUUUCUUCUUCCAAAUCAUAAUGGAAUGUAGCAUAAGAAAAUUGAAAUAAAAAAAAGGCAGUAGGACUACUUCAAACAAA